CGUUGAAGACAGCAGCACACUGUUGGAUGUCCCCGUCCCCAGACUGGACAGCACAUCUCCUGUAAUGAUUGCAGUCAGCAGAUCCAGGUCUCUUUACCAGAGACUAAACAGUGACAUCAAAGACAGGCUGGCUGUCUACUCCCUGAGUCUCCAUUCUUCUGCCAACUCUGCAGUAAACUUGCUCAGGGAUGUUGAGCCGGUGGUCUUUGCCAUCAGGAGAGGGGAUGUGAAGGCUGUUAAUGAUCUGGCAACAUCCGCUCCUCCCAGCCUGCUGAAGGAGAACAAAGAUGGGUGGAUACCUCUGCAUGAUGCUGCCUUCUGUGGACAGACAGAGUGCUUGAAGAUCCUACUGAGGGCCCAUCCAGGUUCAGUAGACAAACGGACCUUGCAGGAGCAGACGGCUUUGCUGCUCACUGUGUCUUGUGAACACUUGUCAUGUGUGCGGUGCCUUCUGGAGGCAGGGGCCGACCCCGACAUCAGCAGCAAGAACAAAGAAACCCCUUUGUACAAAGCUUGUCAGUUGGAGAAUGUGGACAUGGUGAGCCUUAUUCUGUCCCACGGGGCCACAGCGAACCAACGGUGCGGUCAAGGUUGGACGGCCCUCCAUGAGGCUGUAUCCAGGAACAACACAGAGAUCUGUGAGAUUCUAAUAAGAGCCGGGGCUGCAGUCAAUCCACCGAACACCUACAGCAUCACACCGCUCAUUGUAGCAGCUCAGCGAGGACAGAUGAGGGCACUGUGCUACCUUAUUGGGAGAGGUGCAGAUGUGAACAUGCAGACGUGUGAUGGUGUCACAGCGCUGCAUGAGGCCAGCAAAAAUGGCCACAAGGAAUGUGUAGCAGUGCUGUUGACUAAAAACGCAGAUGCAAACAAACCCACCAACUCAGGGCUGCUGCCGCUACAUAUUGCUGCCAAAUAUGGACACCAUGAGAUUGUGUCUCAGCUAGUCUCAGUGACAAGUCGAGCCAGGCUCCGCCACAGUUGCAUCAGCCCCCUCCACCUGGCAGCAGAGCACGACAGACACACUGUGGCAGCUGUGCUACUCAAGACAGGUGCAGAUGUAAACGCCACACUGGCCAACAGUCACUCCACCCAGUACGCUGAUCGUCGAGCAACAGCCCUCUUCUUUGCAAUUGCCAACGGCAGCUCCAAGACAGCAGAGGUGUUGCUGAACGCUGGUGCUAGUCUCACCCUGGACCCAGUCAGUCCUCUGCUGAUGGCCGUACGGCAGGGCUGCGUCAGCACUGUGUCCUUGCUGCUGGAGAGAGGGGCCGAUAUCAACACCAGAUUACCCUCUUACGCCACUACCUUCCCUGCUGUUGUUGCACUUUGCAUGAAUAACCUGCCUCUACUUAAGUGCCUAUUGGACAAUGGCUGUGAAGCUGUCUCCUGUUUUACCUGUACAUACGGCUGUGCCCCUCACCCAGCAUCAGCAGGAUCCCACAUAAGAACUGUUAGCAGCAAUGGAUAUGUUUUGCAGAAUGACAGUAUGCUUCCUUUAAACUGCAGCGAGCUGCCAGAAAGAGCAACACAGUUCUGUGAGUGGAUCUCAACAUCAGUAAUGUGUAAAUGGGCAGGACCCAUCAUAGACUUGCUGCUGGAGCAUGUUGGUCAUGUUCAGCUGUGCAGCAAGCUCACUGAACUGCUGGACAGCCAAGAAGAAUGGCUCGCCAUUAAGAGGAAGUCAUCAUCACCCCGUCCACUGCUGCACCUUUGCAGAUUCCAGAUUCGGACCCAAAUGGGGAGACACAGACUGAAAUCUCUCACAAGUCUACCUCUGCCAAACAGACUGAUCAGAUACCUGAGCCUGACCGACUGACUGACUGUAAAAUGAACUUCAAGCAAUAUAGGCACCAGAGAUGUGACUAAAUUUAUCAUUUUGUGUUUCUUUUUUUAGUAGCAUCUCAUAUCU